GUCGAGCUUGGCCACUUUCGAGGUACCAUACAGUCCGAGCUAAGUAUGUUACAAAGACUACGCACCAAGCCGGAGAAUGCGUCAACGCAUCAUAUUGCUCGAUCAUCGAACCUACCUUUUCUGGAAACUCUCUGGAACACGGCAAAGCUCUCUAGGGACGUUGUUGCCAUGCAGAAGCGAGUGUUUACGUCUCCAAUGCUCAAGUCACGCUCGCAGGGACUGCGACACGCUCGCAAUGAGCGAGUCGAACUUGACAAGCCGGCUACCAAGGACUCCAUGGUACUGGUCGAUGCCAUUGUUAACGGCGGCAGAACGUGGAUCAAAGUGUCGCUUGUCACAAAUUCUCGAUUAUUGUUCGAUCUGGCGAAGCAAGGUUGGGACUCUGGAGGCUCAGAUUACGAAGGCUGUGACGAGAACGGUUCUGUGCGAGCAGAUGACGGCGCGGACGGUUACGACGUGCCUUUACUCAAAACUGCAAAACAACUCACUAAGGCGGCAAAAUGCUUCCGAGUCCGUACCAAACUGCCACAAGUACACCUUGUGUUACCUCGUAUCAUUUCUGGCCAAACCCCGGAAGUAGAUGCCAUCUUGGAUGACUGCCGUGCCACUGGUGCCGUGCUUAUUUGCGGAGCUAGAACAGAGUCGGUGCCUAAUAUCGACAAAGCGGUGCUCACCAUGGCAAGAGAUCCUAUUGAUGACUUCUCCAACGUGCUCAACAUUGACUGCACUAUCCUGCUUGCAAUCGUGUCGGAGUUUAGUCACGCCAAAGUUUCAAAGGAGCCUUGGUUUCACCGAGGUUUAAGACGGCAGGUAGAGAUCGAAGACAACGAGAACUUGUUGCCGUCUUUGCUCUAUCCCGCUCUCGGCUCCCAUGAGCUUGUAUGCACCGAGGAGGCCGCCAAGCGCAUGCGUGAGAUUGUCGAUACGAUUGGAACGCCUUCCGAAAGAGCUCGCACAGCCAUCCUACUCGGAGAUCACAGCUCGAAGUCUCAAGCUGAGCUUGUGACUGAGAUGCAAGAGUGGUCAGCAUAUCAGGUGCCCAUUGGACUGCAGUUACCAAUCAGAAUCGUGGAUCAGAAUGAGGGCGGCUGCCAGGCAGCACUUCCUCAAUAUGCUCAAGGUGUGAGCUCGAAUAUGACGGCUAUAAAUCGAUCUGUCUUCUUAUAUGGAUGGGCUACAGGAUGUACGACCAUCACAAGCAACCGAGCAGUUAUGAAGCAGAUUGAAAAUGACAUGGAUGCGCUCGAGGACCUCGACGAAUCAUCGUGGCCAAGCAUACAUGUGUGGCUUUGUCCUACCGCGAGAUCGCUGGUUGGGAAAGAGAAGCGU